AUGGAUUACAAAAGUGAGUUCAAAGAGUUGGACGAAACGUUUGCCAAAAUAAUGUCGACUAUAAUACCGGCAAAACCGGCAAAAGAGUUGAUCUCAACGAUGGAGUGGUUGAAGGAAUGCAUAUUAUAUAACGUUCCGCACGGAAAGCGCAACAGAGGUCUGGCAGUGGUCUCGACGUAUCGUAUUCUCGCUGAACAACAAACGAAGACACCGACGCCUCAAGAGCUAGAGUUGGCGCGAGUGCUCGCCUGGACCGUCGAGUUUCUUCAGUCAUACUUUCUCGUUGUCGACGAUAUGAUGGAUCAGUCAAUCACAAGACGCGGACAGCCCUGUUGGUACAAACUGGAGCAUGUUGGUCUUAUGUCAUGCAAUGACGCUAUUUUGUUGGAUCAGGAAAACUAUCACAUCCUUAAGCUAUUCUUCUCAGACAAACCCUAUUAUCAGAAAUUAGUGGAUCUCAUGCAUGAGAGUAUGGACGCGGCUUCCAAUCCUCCCAAUAAACGGCCGCAGUUUCAUCUCUUCACUCAAUUACAACACGAAAGCGUUGUUAAAUAUAAAACCGCUUUCUAUUCGUUUGUUUUGCCCGUAAGACUCGCGCUGUAUAUGUCAUCGUUUGAUUCCGAAGAAGACCACAAAAUAGCCGAAGAAAUACUAUUAAAAAUCGGACAUCUAUUUCAAGUACAGGACGACUAUUUGGACUGUUUUGGAGAUCCGGCUAUUAUUGGCAAAAUAGGCACCGAUAUAGAGGAGGGCAAGUGUUCGUGGCUUAUCGUA